AUGCCUGCCAAGGGCGCAAAACCUACCAGCGAUGAGCUCCUAGCUCAGUUCGAUGACCUCGGCAUCGAACAGUCAGGCGAAAAGUCCACGAAACCAGCUGCUGCAGCCGCCACGGACAACAAUGCCAAGGGCGAGCAGGAAGACGUCCUAGCUGAGCUGGAGAAGCAAGCUUCUCAGCGGCCUAGCAGUGGCCCAGGUACCCCGAGACUAUCGGCAGACAAGGCUCGCUCCGCGACCAAGUCCCCUCGCCUCAGUGCUACGAUCGAGCGAAGCAGCGAGGACAAGACUCGAUUGUCGGCGGAGGUUCCUCGUGUAAGCGCCAAGCAGGAACAGCAAAAGCAGGAGCCCGAGCCUGCGGCUGCUCAGCAGCAAGAGCAGAGUCAGGGUGGUGGGUGGUGGGGAGGGUUCUUCGCUGUGGCCGGUGCUGCUGUGAAGCAGGCUGAAGCUGCUGUUAAGGAAAUCCAGAACAACGAGGAAGCUCAGCGGUGGGCACAGCAAGUCAAGGGCAAUGUGGGCGCUCUCCGAGACUUUGGCGGCGAACUUCGCAACAUGGCCAUCCCAACCUUCACCAAUCUGAUCCACACCCUUGCCCCUCCGAUCUCAUCGCACGAACGCCUCCAAAUCCACGUCACCCACGACCUCUCCGGCUACCCUGGCAUUGACCCACUCGUCUACGCAGUAUUCUCACGGGUAAUGUCGCAAGUAGAAGGCGGCGACCUCCUCGUGAUCCAGCGCGGUCAAGAAUCCGCACCAAAGCGCGGCCUCGACGUGGGCGGCUACAUGUCCAGCACAGGGUGGAACGACGGACCUUGGUGGCGCAGCGUGACACCGGGUACUCCACGCACCGUCAACGCCGUGCGCGGCGCCAUCGAGGCCUCCAAGCUCGCUCGCGCCAGCGCAGAGAGCUACGCAACAGAAUAUUUCUCCACGCGGGGCGGUAUUGAAGAAGCCGCCAAGCAAGCUAGCGAGGACCUCAGCGAGUCAAACCCAGUGCGCAGCAGUGAUAUCUUCCUCGCUAUCCAGGCUAUCAGCCAGACCGUGUCGGCAGAGCUCUUCCAAGCCGGUGCAUCGGGUGAAAGGGCCGAGACACCAGGCGUUGUUUCCGCCCCCGAGGCUGACGAGGAAAUUGCGUUUGCGUUGUACCUUCACGACCCCGUGCACGGCAUCGCCUUCCACACCAUCUCGCAGCCCGUGCCAGCGAAGUGGAUCGAAUGGCUCGAUGCAUCGGCCCCCGCGGCCGAGAACCCGGAUUCCGAGGAUGGGGAUGUUCCCCGCGCGGUCGUUCCCGAGGCUAUUGCCGAUAUCAUCGAGGCUGGCGGUGUCGAUCCCCGUGAGUGGGUCGCGGAGUGGAUUGAGGAGACCUUGUCGCUGGCGGCUGGGGUGGUUGCGCAGCGUUAUGUUGCGCGUCGAAUGGGCGUUGGUGAGGGUGGUGUUGGCAAGGGCAAGAUGCGGGCUGAGCAGGCGUCGACCGUGGAUAGUGGUGCUGGCGAGGCGGCUCGUGCUAUGUAG